AGAGGCUGUAGUUGAAGCAGAAUACAAAUUCAUAAAAACAAUGGAGUAGGAGUACGAAAAAAAAUACUUCUACUUUUCUUCAUCGUAAUGUGCUGCAGCAGGCUAAGUGAUUCAACUUACGGAUGUAUUAUGACCUUGAUGAAAUUUUUUUCAUGUUGUUGUCACGUUCGUGUAAUUAGAAGGUAGGUAUGACUGAAUCUUCUCCGUUCUCUCUAUUCAUAUCCUGGUAGAUUUGGUCCUUGUAAAAUCUUGUUCUUCCAUGAGUAUCAAAUAAGUAGUUUUAGAAAAACUGAUAGAACAAGGCGACAAAAUGGCGGGUGAGGGUGAUCUUGAAAGUGCGGACAUCUGGGGUGAAGGCAGUAGCGAGAUCGUGGAUGACGAUAUCAAGAAAUGCUCACCAGAUGAGAUAAAACAGCGCAUGAGAUUGCUCGAUAACGACAUUCGGGUUAUGAAGAGCGAAUCCCAGAGGCUAAACCACGAGGUAGAACAACUUAGAUGAAAUUUUUGAAGGACGAAUUCCUGAGAAGGGGACAAUCAUGAAAAUGGAAUCCUUGUGUUGUCGAUACGAUUUUUCCUUCUCGCUUGUUUAAAAGGUUUUCUAUGGUGCCUCUCGCUCCUUCUCUCGAUGAUUCAUGGCCAACUAUUCUUCACACCGCAAAACAACAGCUUGCGACAAUAACAGAAAAGACAAAAGACAAUAAAGAGAAGAUUAAGUUGAAUAGGCAGCUUCCACAUUUGGUAGCGAAUAUCGCAGAAAUAUUAGACCCAGAGGCCGUGGAGGAGGAAGAAGAUGAAGGAGCAGCACAAGAGGUACAACUACUCACGUCUCUAAUGGGCAGGAAGAAACUUCACUCUCGUGAAAUUUGCUCGAUCAUGGAUGGACUUUUCAUUUUGACGGAACACCAUGUUUCCAGUACUGAAGUGUUAUUAGAAAACGACCACGUGUUUGGGAUAACGAUAUUUAUCGAUAAGCAUGGGCUCUAGCACUUUCUUCAACCUACUUACAAACGACUUGCUUCUAUCCUUCAAUUAUACCUUCCACAUCAGACUGAUAGCGCCAAAAACGGCAAGUCAUUAGUCGUGAAAACAACGACAAGACAAACGAUAUUCUUACCCGUUAUUGGCCUUGUUGAAGCGGAGGAUUUGAAACCGCAGGACCUAGUAGGAGUCAACAAGGAUAGUUACCUUGUGCUCGAUAAACUCCCGCCGGAAUAUGACAGCCGCGUCAAGGCCAUGGAGGUACACGUCUUUAUGUUAUUUGUUUGCUUUCUAGAAGCAAGUUGAUGGUCGUCUGAUUCCCCAAAUCCUCUGCUUCAUAUACAAAAAGAUGUUUGUUGUUGUAGCUAUUCCGAUGAGCCUCCAGCAGUGAUGUUUUAUACGAGCUCAAAGUAAAAUUUUAUCGUCAGCUCAAAAAAAUUAGGUCGACGAAAAGCCAACAGACAACUACUCCGAUAUUGGAGGUCUAGAAAAGCAAAUCGAGGAGCUGAUUGAGGCUAUCGUGUUACCAAUGAAGCAUAAAGACAAGUUUGAGGCUAUCGGAAUCCAGCCACCAAAGGGCGUGCUCAUGCACGGCCCACCAGGGACCGGAAAGACGAUGAUGGCUAGGGUACUACGCACCUCUUUCAAUACUUACAUAUUUAUAGUUUCAAGUGUUUGCAAGAACGAAGAAAACGUCGUGAAAUUUUUUUUUUGUUUGCACUACUCCAACUCCUAAGGACCUUGUUGUUCUUAUCCGGCGGCGUCAUCUAGAUCUACUUCUCAGGCAGAGUAUGUAAUCCUGCAUUUCGACGUGUCCCCACGCCAUCAAAAAAAAUACAGGCUUGUGCCGCAAACACAAAUGCGACUUUUCUCAAGCUUGCCGGGCCACAGCUUGUGCAGAUGUUUAUAGGAGACGGAGCAAAGAUUAUCCGUGACGCCUUUGAGCUUGCUCGCGAGAAGGCGCCGACAAUAAUUUUCAUCGACGAGUUAGACGCUAUUGGUACUAGAGACUAGACGUAGCUCACUACACGACAAAAUGUUUUAGAGUUCACCGCGUAUUCAGGCAUACGAAAAACUGAAAGGUAAUCAAAGAAUGGGAUCUUCUACUUCGUUAUAAUGUCAACAACAUUUCAUACAUUUAGGCUGUCACUGUCUGAAGUCAGAAUGAAGUGGUCUACUCAUCAAUAAAAGGUAUGAAGCGUAGUGGAGGCGGAGAGUUGAGCGGCGUUCGUGAGGUCCAGCGUACAAUGUUGGAGCUGUUGAAUCAGUUGGAUGGUUUUAGCGGCAACAAUGACGUAAGCUUUUUAGAUAAGGUUACAACUCACUCUACUUCUACUUUUACUUAUUGUUCAUUUUUGUCUUUCUUGUUCUUGUACUAGGCCUACCUAGAGAGGGCUUGCCUCCAUUGGUUGAUGUGCUCAAUUGUAAGUAGAGGGGCCUAUAAUUAUGGGCGACGAACGAAAUGAAGAAAGUUAAAGGAUACAUAGACACAGAUACUUUUUAUCUACACAUCAGUGCACACUUCUCACACUCGUGGUCUACACACAGGUGAAAAUAAUAGCAGCGACGAAUCGACCUGACGUGUUGGACCCUGCGCUUCUGCGUUCGGGCCGUUUGGAUCGAAAAAUCGAGCUGCCACAUCCAACCGAAGAUGGCAGAGCUAGAAUUAUGCAGAUUCACUCAAGAAGGAUGAAUUACAACAAAGACGAUGUCAAUUUCCAGGAGAUAGCGCGAAUGACGGAGGACUUCAACGGUAGACAGAUCUUCUUUGCACCAGGAGUUAGAACACUUUUCCAUUUUAGAUAAGAACGUAUGCAGUUUUUGUAGCUGGAGUACUUUCAAGACCAUAGUUUUACUGAAGUUGAAGUUGUUAUAUAUGUACCAGGGAGGGAGGCCCGCCCCUGUAGAUAUCUACUUAUAGAAAUUUGAGUAUCAUGUAAUGAGUUUAGGAAAAAUUUCGCUCUUCCAUGUUUCAACUACAGGCGCCCAGUGCAAAGCAGUGUGUGUUGAAGCGGGUAUGGAGGCCUUGCGACGUGGCGCGACCGAGAUGAUGCAUGAGGAUUACGUCGCGGGGAUUAACACAGUCAUGGCGAAAAAGAAAUCGACCCUCAAUUACUACGCAUAAUGAUAGCUCCUUCCGAUUGUCGUUCAUUCGUCGUUUCGCUCUACCUAGUACUCCCUCCUUCUGAUCUACCCUUUCCUUUUUGUUGGGUGUCUCAAAAAAGCAGUUCCCCUAACUGCUGUGUCGACGGCUGCCGAGUCUCGCGGUUUUCUUGCGUAGGCCAACGCGAUGAGCGGAGCCUGGCACGCUCGGCCAGGGAAGAACCCGCGACAACCCGCUCUAAGCAAGGCAUCAGUUUGAAUUUUUCAAAGACAUCACGAUCACACAAAACCACUACAUGAUCAUUCGACGUUAUUGAAAACGCCAGCAUCCCGUGUGGUUAAAAGUUACAUCGCAUUAAGCUGAGUCCGAUUUCUGUAGCUGACUUUUGUCAAUUUGGCUUGUGAAUGCGCGAGACGAUUAUACUGUUGACAGACGUCUUCAAGAUUAUCAAGACUGGAAAGAAAUACACAAGGCUGGCGAGAAAGUGCGAGUGUGUG